CUGUCUUUUUCUCAGUCUCGAGAAGAAGUCGCUGGCUGAAGGAGCUCGCCUUUUAUUUCUCACUCUCUUUCUCACAGCCCACCGCUCUGGUCGUUUUUUUUCUCUGCUCCUUCCAAUUGUUGAAAAUUUUCAAGUCCCCACUUAAUCUAAAUUCCAAGUAGUAUCGUACUUCCCACAGACUCCAUCAUGGACAAAGUUGAGCCUCCCCCCACUUUGGAUAACCCAUCAAGCAAAGUGAAGACGGAGGAGGAGGAUAUUCUCACUGACGACGAUGACGAAACUGUUGUCAUUAGCCUUACUACUGGGGAGCAGGCUACUGACGAUAAGAACGAUAUUGCCCCCCUUAUUGACGUUCGUGACAAUGAGCCGCCGCACCGAUCUGCUGGUCCUUCAACCUCCAAAGUUCAACUUCCACGCAAAAGGGCCAAGGUCAAUAGACGAAGGAAUGCUGCUAAGGUGAAGGCGGAAGCAACGGAUACGAAUUCCAGUAAACCAAAACCAGAUGAAGGGGAGGAAGAGCCUGAAGAAGACGAUGAAACUCUGGAUAUGGCUGAAACGUAUGCGGACUAUGUCCCACAGAAAUGGAGAGAUGGGAAACCACACCCCGACCCUAUUGUGGAGACGGCGUCAUUGAGCGGAGUCAGCAUGCCAGAUAUUAGUCAUACUUUGAGUAUCCCUAAAGCAGUGAUUAACCAGGGUCUUUUGUCGGCGCCCCAACUUGAGGCUAUCGUGUAUGCUUGCCAACAACAUGAAUUCUUCCUGGCUAGCGGAGAAAGGGCCGGUUAUCUAAUUGGUGACGGGGCUGGUGUGGGAAAGGGUCGAACCGUCGCUGGUAUUAUAUACGAAAAUUGGCUCAAUGGACGGAAGAAGAGUCUUUGGAUCUCUGUGUCGGCAGACCUCAAAGAAGAUUCUACCCGGGACUUGAAAGACAUAGGGGCAGCAAAAAUUGAAGUGCAAGCCUUGAGCAGCUUCAAAUAUGAGAAGAUCAGACCGGAUAAAUUCAAGAAUGGAGUUUUGUUCAUGACCUAUACUGGAUUGAUUGGCAAAACCAGUAAGCGAGGAAAAUUCAAUACACGAUUGACUCAAAUAAUUGACUGGCUUGGCAAAGAAUUUGAUGGAGUGAUUGUAUUCGAUGAGUGCCAUCGAGCCAAGAAUCUGUGUCCCACCAAGACCAAAAACCCAACAAAGACUGGAAUUGCUGUUGAAGCACUUCAAAGCAGUCUUCCUAAGGCUCGAAUUGUUUAUGCUUCUGCAACGGGAGCUUCCGAACCUAAGAAUAUGGCUUAUAUGACGCGUCUGGGGAUUUGGGGGCCGGGGACUGCUUUUAAAGCAUUUAGUGACUUCAUAGACUCGAUCGAAAAAAGAGGAAUUAAGGUUAUGGAAUUAGUUGCGAUGGAUAUGAAGCUUCGUGGUGCUUACAUUGCUCGUCAACUGAGUUUCAAAGGGGUCACCUUCAAAAUUGAAGACGUCCAACUGAACUUAGAGUUCGUGGAUAUGUAUAACCAAUCAGUAAAUCUGUGGGUGGAAGCAAUGGGGAAGUUUAUCGACGCAAUAGACUUGCUGGAACUUGAUGGGAGAACCAGAAGAGUAAUUUGGUCGCAAUUUUGGGGCAGUCAUCAACGGUUUUUCAAGUAUCUGUGCAUUGCUGGGAAAGUGAGCCGUGCCAUCGACAUUGCAAGAGAGGCCGUGAUCGACGGGAAAUGUGUCGUAAUCGGAUUGCAAUCGACAGGUGAGGCGAGAACUGCUGACGAAUUCGAAACUCGAGAUGAAGAGGAACCGGAAGACUUCAUUUCAACUGCAAAGGGAGUUUUCCAAAACCUUGUGGAAAAACAAUUUCCGCAUAUAAAAGUCAACACUACUCCACCAGCCACCAGGAGAAAUUCUCGAAAGAAACCCGUGAAUACAAAAUACAAUGUAAAAAGGGAGAGAUUUGAUGAUUCUGAGUCUGAUUCUGACGCCGGAUCAUCCUACAACGCUAUGGGUUUCUUCAAUACUUCAGCAGCAGUUUCCGGAAAUGAUUCUGAUUCCGAAAGUUCGGCAAACACUGACACAGGAAGCUACAAUGUUGGUGGACGAAAGCGCAAAUUAGGAAGUAAGGCUCCAAGGAAUACCGGGGCAAAUUCUCCUCUUCCGUUUAUGCCAGGUGAGGCUUCGCUACAGCAAGUUGCACGAGACCGCAAAGAACUUUUAGAAAAGAUUGAAGCGCUGGGAAACGUGCUGCCCAAGAACUCGUUGGACCAACUCAUUAAUGAGUUAGGUGGUCCUAGUCAGGUUGCUGAGUUAACAGGACGAAAGAUGCGAUUGGUACAAUUGGAAAAUGGAAAAAUCGACUACCAGUCAAGAAUUGAGGUGGGCGUUACAACGAGCCAGAUAAAUUUAACGGAGAAACGGCGUUUCAUGGACGGAGAGAAACUAAUUGCCAUCAUUUCAGAAGCCGCUUCUAAUGGCAUCAGCCUCCAAAGUGAUCGCAGAGCUAAGAAUACUCGACCAAGGGUUCACAUCACCAUCGAACUGCCUUGGAGUGCGGAUAGAGCAAUUCAACAAUUUGGUCGUACUCACCGAAGUAACCAAGCAAAUUCUCCCGAGUAUGUUUUCCUGAUUUCCGCAAUCGCUGGCGAAAGAAGGUUUGCAUCCGUAGUGGCAAAAAGGCUAGAGAGUCUUGGAGCUUUAACACAUGGUGAUCGCCGUGCCACGAAAACCAGAGAUUUAUCCCGAUUCAACGUGGAUAGCAUCUAUGGGAGAAAAGCUUUGCAAGAAGUUAUGACAUCUAUUCGAUCCGCAUCAAUUUCGGGAUUGGCAGCCAAUCCUCCCAGUUAUGUUGGAAACUUCAUUGAAGAUGUUACUAAUGGCUUAGUUGGAGUUGGCUUACUAGCGGAUGAGGACGGAAGGUUUGCGUCCAGCACUUCGGAAAUUGGGGCACCAAAUAUCAGCAGAUUCCUUAAUCGAAUCUUGGGAAUGCAUAUUGUUUUACAAAAUGCUUUGUUCACAUUCUUCACAAGCAUCUUGGCAUCCUUGAUUUCAGAUGCUAAGAAAAAUGGGCGCUUUGAUAUGGGGUUGCUAAAUUUAGGAAAUUCGGAGUCGGACAAAACUGAACUACUUUCGACUGAAACGUUCACUCGGAAACAUUCCACCGGCUUGGGAACAAUUGCGUUACAUAAGGUUUCGGAUGAUAGAGGCAUCAGCUGGGAAGAAAUUCAUCAGCGAGCUCAAAAUAUGAGAGGACCAGAUAAUGGCUUCUAUUUGACAAAGAAUGAUGAUCCCCAGAAAAGACGAGCCGUUUUUGUACAAGGUGACGAGUUUCCUGUGCACACGUCGGACGGUGAUAUCAUCCAAUAUUAUACUGUGUACAGACCUCAUCUCGGACUUGAUUUGAGACGUGACACGUUGCACGAGAUAGAAUCGAAGUAUACAAAAACCACAGCCGAUAAGGUCAUACAAAUUUGGGAAAAUCAAUACCGUGACUCUGCGAAGUACUGUACACAUGAGUAUUGGUCAUAUUCCAGGACAUGUAAGAACAAAAUGAUUGGAUUGGAGUGUGAGUAUGGAAUGAGGAAACGCACUUAUCACGUUCUCAGCGGGUCAGUGCUGUUGUGCUGGAAUGCCGUGGAAGCUGUUCUAGGAACCAGUGAAGAUAAGAAGCCGAAAAUUCAGAUAGUUCGGGUCCAGUUUAUCGACGGAAUGAAAUUUGUCGGAGUUCUCAUUCCCACGGAAUGUGUGGCAAGCCUGAGAGCAAAGCUGUCACAAAAUGGGAAACAACCCUUGAAUCCAAAUCCAUGGGAGGACGACUCAUUGUCAUUUCCUGAGGUGUAUGAUGCUGACAACCAGUCGGAUUCGGAAUAAUUUGUGUAUUAAUAAUAGUAUUAAUUCCUCAAUUCCUUUUUUCAUUUAACGGGCCAAUGAAUUAUUGUACUCUUUAUUAAAUUCUUGUUCAUUAUGUUGCACAGUUGAGAUAUUUAAUAAAUUGAGAUAAAUAACGUA